GCGUUAUUGUGAUGGCGUCACGGAACAACCUUCCGGCGGAUUCUAGACAUUUUAGGGAGGGUCGCCAUCUUUGAAGACGAGUAGUCGGAGGCAUUUUGUUUUUCUUUGUUCAUACUUAACGUGAUAUCAUAACCGAUAAACCUACGUUUCCGAAUCUCUUGUUCACACCAGAUGCGCCACUCGAAACGAAUGCGCUCCCCAGGUGUCUGGCUUGAUGAGUACAGCUGGGAAGAGAGAAUGGAGUGUCGUAAAAGAAAGAAACAAGAUUCGCACAGCAGCGAAAGGGAAAAUAAGUCCAGAAGAACUCACCUUCAACAGAAGAUGGGUGAUGGGCACUAUUUGGAGACCCGCAGUUUGAACCAGGGCCUGGACUCUCGGGACGGAACCACCCAGAAGCACAGUUUGGGCAUGGCGUGUGAGGAAGUCAGCCGUGAAGGCACAUGCAAGGACAGAGACUGGCACCACUACAGCAAGUCAUCUGGGCGCAGUGGACGCAGCAGGCGAAGCAGCCGCAGGCAGAGAGACAGAAGACGCAGACGUAGCCACUCUCGCCACAGGUCCUCCUCGAGGAGGAGCCAACAGCGCAGGAGCAGGAAAAGAUCCAGGAGUGUUGAGGAUGAUGGCGAGGGUCACCUCAUCUAUCACAGUGGAGACAUGCUGAGAGCGAGAUAUGAGAUUGUGAGUACUCUAGGAGAAGGUGCCUUUGGGAAGGUAGUCGAAUGCAUUGAUCACUCUAAUGAUGGAGCUCGAGUGGCUCUGAAGAUCAUUAAAAACAUAGGCCGCUACCGUGAGGCAGCUAUGUCUGAGGUAGAGGUGCUUGAACAGUUGAAGUCUCUUGACUCUGAUAAGAGAUAUGCUUGUGUACACAUACUGGACUGGUUUGACUACCACGGCCACAUUUGUAUUGCCUUUGAACUGCUUGGCCUCAGCACCUAUGAUUUCCUCAAGGAAAACAAUUUCCAGCCAUUCCCCAUAGAACACAUCAGGAACAUGGCAUACCAGAUCAUCCGGGCUGUGCGAUUUCUGCAUAACAACAAGCUGACUCACACAGACCUGAAGCCUGAGAAUAUUCUCUUCAUUGAUUCAGAGUAUCUAAUGGAGUACAACCCUGAACUGAAACGAGAUGAACGCACAUUGAAGAACCCCGAUGUGAAAAUUGUGGAUUUUGGUAACGCCACAUAUGAACACGAGCACCACACCUCUGUGGUGUCGACCCGUCACUACCGUGCUCCUGAAGUCAUUUUAGAUCUGGGCUGGGGCCAUGCCUGUGAUGUCUGGAGUGUCGGCUGCAUACUCAUUGAGUACUACCUUGGAUCUACUCUCUUCCAGACCCAUGACAGCAAAGAGCACCUUGCUAUGAUGGAGAGAGUCCUGGGCCCCCUCCCCACAAACCUCCUGCAGAAAACCAAAAAAAGGCGGUUUGUUCACCGGUCCAAGCUUGACUGGGAUGUCCACGGCUCUUCUGGGAGAUAUGUCAAGAAACACUGCAAACCCCUCAAGCAAUACAUGCUGUCUAAGGGCGAAGACCACGAGCAGCUGUUUGACCUAAUUGAGAAGAUGAUGGAGUAUGAUCCAGCCAAGCGCCUCAGUCUGGAGCAGGCCCUCCAUCACCCCUUCUUCUCCUGCUACCGCAAGAGCAGCAGCAAAAGCACCAGCAGCAGGAGUAGCAGCAAAAAAGACUGAACUCUGAAACCUGUCGACCUCUGUAUUGUGACCCUGAUCAGGGUCUGACCUGCCUCUGCAUCCCGACUCUCCAGGAGAGGAGUACCUUAACUGACUGUAUCAGUCCACUGCCCUGCUUUGCUGUGUCCUGUCCUGAGCCAACUGUGCUUCUGAUCAGUCUUUCACUCAACAAGUUAUGUUGUCAUCUGUAGCAUGUUUUGAUGUAAUGAAUCCUCCAAUUUAUUUCUAUUUAUUUACCGUUGUAAUUUAAUUUGUACCACUGAAGCAGAUAAUGGUAAAGCUGUUUUUUUAAUUCAUGAGAAGUCCAAUUGUGUCCAUGUUCCUUCUCUGCAUUGUCACGGUGGUGAAAGGGAAUGUUAUUGCCUUACCUGCAUCAGUCUCUCAAAUAAUAAUUUAUUCAGCACUGAAGAGGGGGGAAAAAAGCGGGCAGAAAAUCUUUGUACAUAAAAUGUGUUCAGAUGUUUCCUUUUUCACUCAGUGGUUGUGUAACUUUUGCAGUAUAAUGUUCAUUUUCUCAAUAAACGUAAAUAGACAACAGAA